AUGUUUGCCGCUCGCAAAGGAUCGCACCAAUUGGUGGCAACUGCAGAUCUUGUGGAUGGCCUUUAUUGGCUUCACACAGCUCAUCGAUCGGCCAAUACGGCAACAAACGGAAGCAACGGUGUCGACUUACAUGCGCGAAUGGGACACGCUCCAGCUGAUGUUCUUCGCAAAAUGGUGGCCACGAACAUGAUCAAGGAUGUGAAGGUACUUCUCACGUCGAGUGGAUCAAGCGCAUGCCGAGGAUGUCAACAAGGGAAAAUGGUCCAAAAACCAUUCUCACACAACCAGGACAAGCGCAGAUUCGACAUCUUCGAGCUACUUCACGUCGACAUAUGCGGACCCAUAGAAAUGAAUUCUCUGGGUGGCAGCAAAUAUAUACUGCUGAUCUUUGACGAAGCCAGUGGAUGCAUGAAGGGCUUCUGUCUACGUGUGAAUUCGGAGAGUGAAAACUACAUCACACGAUACAUCAAGAUGGUGCAAGCGCAGUUUGGCAAGAAGGUCAAGCUCGUUCGACACGACGGAGCCCGCGAGUUCGCAACCAACUCGCUUCAAGAAUUCUACGAAGAUGAAGGCAUUGAGCAGCAGACGAUGGUGCCAUAUGCACACCAGACCAACUGCACGGUAGAGCGCGCCAUUCGGACUAUCGUCACAAUUGGUCGCAGCAUGCUCCACCAUGCUAAGUUGGAAAAGUGCUUCUGGGCCGAAGCAGCAAUGACGGCAAUCUACGUCAAGAACCGUCUGCCGUCGCCUAACGUUAUGCACAAGACUCCGUUCGAGAUCGUCCACAACUCCAAGCAAAAUGUCAAGCACAUGUGGGUGUUCGGUUGUCAGGUUUACAUACUGAAACCGAAGGAGAAGCGGCUCAAGUGGGACCCCAAGGCUCGCACUGGGAUAUUCUUGGGCUACGAAGAAGCAUCUAAAGCGUAUCGCGUUUAUGACAUCGAGGCGGGGCAGGUGGUCAUCAGUCGCAUGUCAACUUUGACGAGUCCGCCUUUGGACUUUCGCCGCCAACCACCGAUGAAGACGCCGAUGACCUUGACUUCGACUCCCUCGAUCUGGAUGAUGAAGCGCCAGGUCAAGCGCAUACGUCAACGGCCUGGACUAGAAGAAUCAAGUGCGCCAGACAGUCACACGACCCACCAAGAAGAGGAUGAAGAAACAAAGAAUGCUGAUGCAUCGACUCCGCCUGUGUUUUGGCGUGCGAGUGCGAACGCCAUCGAAACAGCAGUGGACUUAUCCGAGCCAUCGACUUUUGAAGCUGCGGUGAGCGGUACUGAUCAAGUGCAUUGGCGCGAAGCUGUCCGUGCGGAACUUGAGUCGAUGCGACUUCGUGAAGUAUUCCGCGCAGCCAAGCUACCUAAAGGACAUCGCACCAUUGGCACGAAGUGGGUCUUCAAGAUCAAGCGCAAAGCGGACGAAUCAAUUGACAAAUACAAGGCGCGUCUUGUGGCAAAGGGUCUCGAGCAACAGUAUGGGAUGGACUACACGGAAACAUUCUCGCCCGUCGUCAAGUACGUGACGCUACGCAUGGUGAUUGCAGUCGCCAAGUAUUUCGGAUGGACCAUCGACCAACUCGACGUGGUGACGGCAUUCCUGUAUGGUGUCAUGAAGGAACAAGUGUUCUGCGUCAUCCCUGAAGGCGUGGAAAUAAAAGGGUUCUUUGAUUGUCUGGAGUUGGUGAAGGCAAUCUACGGACUCAAGCAAGCGUCGCGCGUAUGGAACGAAACGUUUGACGAGUUUGUUGACGGUCAUUGGUUUCCUACCAGUAUUGGUAACCGUGACCGGUCCAAUCCGAACCGCCUUUUCAGCUUUGUAUUUACGACGUAG